UUGCCAGCUCGAAGCCAGAGAAAUCGGCCAAAAUCUACACGGUCGCCGCAAUUCAUCGAGCAAAAGGAGCAGGUUGGAUUUUUGGGGGAUUUAUGAGCCGAAAAUCGUGAAUUUUGACCGAAAAACAUGAAAAUUGAUCAAUUUCAGGUGGAAAUUUGUGAUUUUCUGCAAUUUUUAACCCAAAAUUAUGAUUUUCAGUCAAACAAUGCAUUUGAAACCUGCAAAAUUUCAGAUAAAAUUGGUUAGUCUGAAAUUUUGCAGGUUCCAGAUAUUCAGAUGCAUUUUUCGAAUGAAAAUCUUAAAACUUGAUUAACUUCCAAAUUUUCUAUAUAAUUUGCUCAAAAAUUGUCAAAAAUCAACGAUUUCUAGCCAACCAAAAAUUAUCUGAAAAUUUGCAGAAAUCUACUGGCAUUCCACCGAAUUCUGAAGAUAUUCUGAUGAGUCAAACAAUGGAUAUCACAGAUUCGAAACAAGAUCUUGCUGAAGCUGAAAAAUCUUCAGAAAAACCACACAUUCUCAAUGAUACAAUGGCUAUUUUCAAUGAAAUUCCCGAUCGAAAUUUGGCUGAAAAUCGUCUUGAAAUUCCAGCAAGAUCUCAAGAUUCUUUGGAUAUAUCUGCUCGGGCGAUAAAAAGAGCUGGAAAUUCUCGAAAUUAUUAUUUUGAGAGCUUGGCUUUCACUACAAAUGAUGCGUAUAUUGCUUAUGAUGUUUUAUUCAAUUUGACAGCUCCGGAAAAUUUGAGUUUUAAAAGUGUCAGUGUUGUGAUUGACGAUGCAUAAGAAAUUAAUGGAGAUUUUCAGACGAUCUGA